AUGUUCAACAUUCCUUUAUCUUCCAAUGAACCAAUUCCAACUUCCCCGAAUCUGAUAGAAGAGCAGUUGAUUGAUAAUAAUAUAUCUUAUAAAAGCAAUUCUUACAAUUACUUGGAGGAAGCUGAGAAACCAGACGUUAUGCACCAACCAAUGUUAAGAAGACACGGUUUAUUUAAUAAUUAUAUAUCUGUUAAUAAGGCAUGUACUCCUCCUGCACGACCUCUCCAAAACAAUUUAUCGAUGAAGCCUCCAGAUAGAAGAUAUGAAUCAUCAGAGCAUAUUAAUACCACAUUAUCCUCUAUUAAUCCGUCACUUGCCAAUGCACUGUCAACCCUUCAAUCUAAAUCUCCUAUUAUAAGUUCGAGAAAUAUGCAAUUUGUAUCCAACCCAAGGUGUAGCACAGGCAGAAACUAUAAAGAGAGGGUUUCCGCUAGCAAUCCUCGGUCGAAUGAUCUCAAUCAAAUGUCCAGAUACUCUCAUACAGAGGAAAAAUGUGGUUCCAGUAUGACUUCACGCCAAUAUCAUAUCAAUGGUACUGAGUUAUCACCUACUGUUAGUCACGUUGUUUUCAAUGGACAAGCUACUGAGGUUCCUGAUGAAAUACUAUGUCAUUUGUGCCAAUUUCCGAUGAAGAUCUGCUAUAGAAAGAGCAAGUAUAAAUCAGAAAUCAGAGAGUAUCCUGCAUACAGAUGCCUGAGGAAAGGUUGUCAGACUUUCCGUGCCAUCAGAAAGGUUAUAGAUCCAAGUCAAGUAACCAGAGUACCUGUGAAUCGAAAAAGAAAGCCUGAACUUGCUCCAGCAGAUUUUUUGAAAGAAUUCCUUGCUCCAUCGGAAAAGCUUGGGAGUAGUGCAGAAAUUACAAAUCGUGAAGGUCCACCAAAACAAACUCUCGGUACACUUAUUUACGUUCCCGCUGUUCUGACACAGCCUCAAAUCCAUAGAGUACAGGAAGCUGCCAUGAAAGUUGUCCUGGAUAGUGUGGGCGUUGUUGUUACACCUAUGGUUGCCCCGAGUCCUUAUAAGUACGACCAGAUUAGGGAAAGCCUAGAAUCAGAUGAUGGUUUGAAGGUGAUACAAAAGCUGUUUAUGGAUUCUGAACAUAGUACUCUUCCUACCUCAUCUAGCGACACCGGUGAAAUGGAAAAGCCAUGCAUAUCACCAGUCCCGACAGGCUAUUCGCAGCAAGUGAUUAUGAACCAUAACACAUCAAUUGAUUGUAAUAAUGAUAAUUGUGGAAAUACGCAACUGUUCUCUCUCUUCAAUGAUAGCGACACGAUGUCGUUUGCAACUGAGAACCCAAUUGAUAUGGAGCUGAACUUUGAUAAUUUUGAUGAAUUCGAUACACAAUAA